GAAAAAUCAAGUUAUAGAUACUAGCUAAAUAAGAUUUGAACAAAUUAACAUAUGCGAAUAAAAAAAUUAAAAUAAUAUUAACUGUUUAAAUAUUUUAAAUGGGUUUGUCUGGUGUGUGUAAUGAGCACAUGCUAAGUACAAAAUUUUAUAGGUUUGAGACAUUUUGAUUGGUAUGAUUGUUGUAUAUGUAGGGGUCUAUCAUUAUUAAAAAACAACAUCAAUCAAAAUGAGUUAAAUUUGUAGAAUUUAGUUUGUGGAAUUUAGUGUUUAGCAUGUGCCCCACUAGAAAAACUGUUUUUAAAUUACUUACAUUUUUACAUUUUAUUAACUAAUAUUGAGGAUUUCAAAUUAUAUAUAUACUGAAAUUAUGAUCUGACGAUAACAACGAUAUCGUUAGAAAGUUUCUUUAAAUUAAAUUAACUAAAAGUCGAAUAAAAAAUAAGACGACAUUAAUAGGGACAUUUGAAAUCAGUCUCUACAAAUUACACACGUGACUCGACUCAAUCUUAAUCGAAUAUAAUCUGAUCGGAAUAAUAUUGAAAUGUACCAUAAUUGAAAAUUGAUUGGAUUAAAUAACAAGCAUAUUUAUUCAAAAAAGAAAAAAUAUCAGGCAUAUUUAUUUAAAAAGAUACGCUAGUCCAAUUGUAAAGAAUCAAUGUUAAAAUUCAUUAGUUUCACUGUUUAUCAUUCCUUAAAUGUCACAAACCUGUAAUUUAUUCCAAAAUUACAGGGUCAAAGUAUAUUAGCUUCACCCUCAAAUUGUGACAAAAAUGUGCAAGUCUGUACAAUGCACUAUGCACAGACACACCGGCACUUAAAACACUUGUCUUCACCAGGUUCCUUUCUUUCUUCCCCUGCUCUUUUUCCAUUUCUUCAUUCAUUCGAUCUCUGUAAACCCUCUUCUCUUUUCUAAUUUCUAUUCUUAUUCUCGUAUGAUAUUAUGAAAAUAAUAUGAUACAUUGUUAUUCUCAUGUUUUUCUGAUUAUAUGAUCUGUUUCAUUUGCAUGUUGUAAUUAUUGUAUCUCUUUUCUAUUUAUGAAUCACUGUUAUACUUUCUUAAUCAAUUUAUCUCAUCGACAAUGAUUUUGUUUGAUCGAAAAAUGAUCAUGUUUGAGCAUUCAAUCUUCAUGUAUAAUUAUGUGGAUAGUAUGUAACUCGAGUUUUAUGAAGGAUCACUUUCAAAAAGUGGUUUAAUUGGAAUUGUAGUUGAUGAUGUGUUAUCCGCUUAAAAUGAUCCAAUUUUUGUUAAUUCAAUGCUUAUAGAGUAAGAGAUUAAUGAAAAUUGCCUUAUUUUUCAUAUAUACUGUAACUGGAUUAUCUCUUGCAUAUCUUAUGUUUUUUUCUUAAUCGCGUUGCUCCACACUUCUGUGCAGACUGUGCAGUGUAAGCCUGCCUGCAAUUCUCUCUGCAAAAUCAUGUCCAGAAGGUUUCAAAGAAAUGGGUCAGAGAAGAUACUCCCACAGGAUGAGCAGCAAUCACUGAUCAAAGAGAUCAAAAAGCAGAUAGGUCCUGCUGCCGAUAAGCUUCCAGCUUUAUUUUCAGACGAAUCAAUACUGAGGUUUCUCAGAGCAAGAAAUUGGAACACCAAAAAAGCAACAAAAAUGAUGAAGGAUGCCUAUAAGUGGCAGUUGGAAUUCAAGCCCGAGAAGAUUCGAUGGGAAGACAUUGCUUAUGAAGCUGAGACAGGAAAAGUUUACAGAGCUGACUACUUUGACAGGCUUGGGAGGUCCGUGGUUGUCAUGAGACCAGGUUACCAGAAUUCCACGUCAAAUGAAGGGCAAAUCAAGUACUUGGUUUAUAGUUUGGAAAAAGCCAUAAUGAACAUGGGAUCAGGUCAGGAUCAGAUGGUUUGGCUUGUUGAUUUUCAAGGCUAUGCCUUGUCCAAAUUAUCAUUGAAGGUUACGAAGGACACAGCUCGUAUACUACAGAACUGUUACCCAGAGAGACUGGGUCUGGCAAUACUCUACAAUCCACCGAAAGUCUUUGAGACAUUCUAUGCAAUGGUGAAACCAUUUCUUGAGCAGAAGACGUAUAAAAAAGUAAAAUUUGCCUACUCAAAUGAUCCACAGAGCAGGAAGGUAAUGGAAUCUAUAUUUGAUAUGGAUAAGCUAGAAUCCGCUUUUGGUGGGAAGAACACGGCUGGGUUUGACUAUAAAACCUAUGCACAAAAAAUGAAGGAGGAAGAUAAGAAAAUGUCUGACUUGAACUCUGGAUGUCCGCAUCCAUCUGACAUGCCUGUAUUACUGCAUGGACAUUCUUUGCCUUCGAUUGACGGUGAAUUCGAGGCCCCUGAGGACGAUCCUCAAAUGUUGUCACACUUGGACGUAAUUAAUGAAAUAAACGGAGCUGAAUCUGAAAGCACCAAGGAUGUGGCAAAUGUUGAAAUAGUUGCUGCGGAAAAUGGGCAUAGAAAAGAUGCUGUGGCUGAGGGGAAAAAUAAAAAAGAUACUUCCAUACAGGGACGUACCUAAGCAGAGGAGAUAAGGUAGUUACUCUGCUAAAUAUAUAAGUAUUUAGUUUUUGAAAGGCUUUUUGUUAUCAAUAAAAAAAGUAGGCUCGAGUACUAAUUCCCCCUUCCCUAUCAAAAUAUAUACUGUAAUAAUUUUGUAGAGUCAUUUCGCUUAAAAUUAACUUCAUUUCCUGUCUAUUUCUGGAAACAAUAAUACUUGUAAUCAAUGCUGAGAAAGAUUGUUAGAUGUUCCAUACAAAUGAAUGCAAUUUUAAUUUGAAAUGUCCUUAUGA